AUGUCUGCCAUCAAGUCUACAUCUUCGAUUACUGUACCAGCCAAGAAAAGCAGAAGACUUCUACAAAAAUCUGGAUGCAAAGAGGAGGAGAUUCUGGAGACUGCGUCAGUUCCAUUUGUGACUGCGAAAACACGUGGCACCAAAAUUCCAAUUGGCUUGGGACAUACCCAUUUUCCAUUCCAUGAACAAGUGUCUAUGAAAGCCAUCCGCGAGCAGGCGAAGCUAGAAGUAAAGACGGCUCCGACAGCGAAGGACAAUAAUGUAAAAGUAGGAGAGGAGUAUCAAGCGGAUCUUCCGGAAUUCAACCCAAAGUUGUAUGAUAAUGAUGAACGAGACAGAGAAGAAGCCAUGUGGACUCCAUCACCAAAAACAUUCCAUGAUCAUGAAUCUUACCAAGCAGCAUACUUCCUGCCCAUCUGGUAUCAAUUCGAAGGACAAAUCCCAUUUGAGGUGGCCCUGCAAAAUUUGAUGCACCACGACUACGACAUCGGGAAAGCAUUGGAAACAAUCGAUCAAAAAUUGAAGAUCCUCCCACAGAAGUUCAAGAAUCUGACCAAAAUUCAAAUGAAGAAAUUCAAGGAGUUGUAUGACACGAAAAAUAAGCAAGGAUCGAGAGUUGAGGUUCCAACAAGAAAGUUCCAAGAGAAGGCGAUGAGAAACUACCACAUCGCUGAAACCCAAAACUUCUACCACUUCUUUGAGAACCAAGCACUUCAAGGAUCCUCCUGCACAUGUCCAGUACUGGCUCAUCCAGAAGUCGUACCACGAUGGGCCUGUGGAAACUGCACCAAGCACCUGAAACCCACGACUUCAGAAGAUCAAUGCCUAAUUUGUUUGAAUUACAAGGCGGUGAUGGGUACCACUCGACCAGCCAGCAACCCAGUUUUCACUGAGGAUGAGUACCAAAAGAUUCUGGAUUGGAAACAAAUCGAGGCCAGAGAACGAAGAUCAGUCUCCAAGGAUGAAUUCGAGGGAAUCCAGAAGCAGAAAAAGAUCGAUAGACUUCUCCGAAAUGAGCUGACCGAGGAGGAACGAUUGAUCAUCGAGCCGGGACAAUUUCCACACAAAAAGAAACAUCUCACGGAAGCUCAAAUGCAGGAGAAUGGAUGGAAUUUGGUCGAACAGCUUGAGGAGUGUCCAUUGGGUCUUCCAGCUUUCCGUCAGUGCAAUUGUGAUGCCAGGGAUAUCAUCGAGAAUCCAGUGGCGCUGGAGAUCAGGAAAGCCAUCAAAAGGAAGUCAGUUGAUAAGGAUAAUCAGGUCAAUGAGCCAAAUCCAGCCAAGAAGCCGAGAAGAGUCAUAAAGCGUUGA